CCAUUCCAUCCUAAACAAGACUUUCACAUAAACCCAUCAAACACAAAUGAUGCAGAAUAAUCCAUGUCAAGUAAACAUAAUCUCAGAAUGUUUCAUAAAACCAAAACACAGAUUCGACGAUUCGAAACAGAUCCAUUACUUAGCACCAGAUGAUCUAAUCAUGCUAUCUUUACACUACAUCCACAAGGGUCUACUCUUUAACAAGCCACCAGGGUUUGACAGUGUCGCAUUCGCACACAAGCUAAAGCGCUCGUUGUCGAUUGCCCUCCUUCAUUUUCACCCUUUGGCAGGCUGCCUGGCUACCAAAAAGUAUGCAGAUGAACAUUGUUCCUGGAUCUAUGUUGACAGCAACAAGGGGCCUGGUGCACGGUUCAUCCUUGCUCAGACGGAUUCCCUUACCAUGUCAUUGUCCAAUAUACUCUCUUCUUUUUCUGAUGUCGUUCCUCUCACUCGCACACUCUUUGACUUGGGUGAACGAGGGAUUGUCAAUUAUGAUGGCCAUUAUCGAGCUCUGCUAUCUGUUCAAGUUACACAACUUGUCGAUGGUGUUUUCGUUGGGUUUACUAUGAACCAUAGUGUGGCGGAUGCCACUACUUUGUGGCAUUUCAUCGAAACCUUGUCUGAAAUCUACGACUUAGAUGCAACGAAUUCGUGCCCUGCAAUGAUAUCUCGGGUGCCUAUGUAUAGGACAUCGUUCCCAGAAGGAAUUAGUCCAAAUAUCAAGCUCCCUUACGUGCACCCUGAUGAGUUCAUAUCCCGAUUUGAUUUGGGUGUUCAGCUAAGAAAACGGAUUUUUCAAUUCUCAGCUGAAACUAUUGCAUCGCUCGAAACCAAGGUCAUUGCUGAGUGCAGCAAUGACUCGAUAUCUAUCUCGCCUUUCAACUGCUUAGCUGCCCUUGUAUGGAAGUCCAUCACAAAGGCUCGAAAUGAGCCAUACGAUAUGUUGACAACCUGUUACUUGGUUGUCAACAGCCGGCCUCAUUACAACCCGCCAUUAUGUCAAGAGUAUUUUGGGAAUUAUUCUAUGAUGGCUCGAGGGCAAUGUAAGACCGGUCAGUUACAUGAAAAUAGCUUGGGUUGGGCUGCAAUGGUGUUAGAACAAGCUGUGAAAGCGCAGGAUGAUCAAGCAGCUCGCGCUGCUUUUAAGUCCUAUGUUAAGUCCCCUUUUGUAGCCCAGCCUGGUUGGUCAUCAUCUACAUUUGGAUCGAAUGGACCUAUUAUCAUAGGUGGAUUGCCUUCGAGAUUCGACAUGAAUGAGCCUAGAUUUGGACUUGGUAGAACGAUUGCAGUUCGAGAUGGACAAACCAAUAAGGAUGAUGGGAAGGUGAUGGCAAAUCCAGGGCGUGAUGGAGGAAGAAGUGUGGAGCUAGAAAUAUGCCUAACAGCUGAUACAAUGAUUUCACUAUUGUUAGAUCAAGAUUUCAUGAGUUAUGUGUCUUGAAUUGUGCAUAUAUGUUUUUGUUGCACUUUUGUUGGCUUGAAAAAUCAAAAUUGACAACAUUUCACAAG